ACCGGCUGACGCCAGGCGCGCGUGACAGGCGCUCGGGAGCGCGCGCGCGCGGGGCCGGCACUCGCAUCGCAGCACCACGGACAGCGCCGGGAUGCGGAGCCUGAGCGGCCUGACGCUGCGUCCGGGGCCUCGGUGAAGGGAAGCGAUGGCAAUGGGCUUGUCCUCCAAAAAAGCGUCGAGUCGGAGCGUGGCGGUGGAGCGCAAGAACCUCAUCACCGUGUGCAGGUUUUCAGUGAAGACUCUGCUCGAGAAGUACACAGCAGAGCCCAUCGACGACUCGUCGGAAGAGUUCAUUAACUUCGCUGCCAUCUUGGAACAGAUCCUGAGCCACUGCUUCAAAGGUCCUGGCACCUGGUUCAGCUAUGACAGUCAGCGGAGUUUUUGGGACUACAUCAGGCUGGCAUGUGGCAAGGUGACCAAUAACUGCAUCAGCAGCAUCGAGAACAUGGAGAACAUAAACAACUCGCGUGCCAAGGGCCGCGCCUGGAUCCGCGUCGCCCUGAUGGAGAAGCGCCUGUCCGAGUACAUCGCCACGGCACUGAGGGAUACCAGGACCACCAGGAGGUUCUACGAUGAGGGUGCCAUUAUGCUGCGAGAGGAGGCCUCAGUGCUCACGGGCAUGUUGAUCGGCCUGAGUGCCAUCGACUUCAGCUUUUGCCUGAAAGGUGAGGUCCUUGAUGGGAAGACCCCGGCGGUGAUCGACUACACCCCCUACCUGAAAUUUACCCAGAGCUAUGACUACUUGAGUGACGACGAUGACCGGCAGAGCGUCGACAGCAGCACCAGUGAUGAGAGUCUUCCAGAGCACCCCUACUUCCCCCUGGUCACCGACGACGAGAGUUGGGGCAGCAAGUGCCGCAAGAUGGAGCAGAAGUUUAAGAUCGUCUAUGCACAGAAGGGGUACUUGGAGGAGCUGGUGCGUCUGCGCGAGUCUCAGCUCAAGAACCUGGAGGCAGAGAACAAGCGGCUGCAGCUGCGCCUGGAGGAGCUCAAGGUGCAGAACCAGCUGGAGAAGAAGGAGCUGGAGGCCAUUGUGCUGGAGCUGCAGGAGCAACUGACCGGCUUGAUUCCCUGUGACUCCAACCAUCUGUCCAAAGAGAUGACUAUCCCGCUGGCCAGCCAGUGGUCAUCGCUAGGGGCCUUCAGCGGUGAGGAGGAGGUCAAAGUGUACAGGAGAAGAAGCUUCCACAGUGUGGACCAGCUCUCCGUCGAGGUCAGCCUGGGUUCGGACUCACAGAGGAUAGAGGGGAAGCCCAACGGAGAGCCCUGGUGCUCCACAGGCAAAGACUACACGCCGUCCAUGCUGGGCCUCUGUGGCUCCCUGGCGUCGCUCCCCAGCUGCAAGUCUCUGGCCAGCCUCAAGUCCAGCGAGUGCCUGGUCACCGUCAGCACCGAGGCCAGUCCGGCCAUCUCUCCCAGUUAAUUUUACAUUACCCGCCCCCUCGCUGUCUGUCUGUCUCCCUGGGGUCAUCUGGACCCCCCCAUGAAGUGUCCCUCAAUAAAUCUGUUAACUUCC